AUGUCUUUUAUACAUCUUUAAAUAUUUGAUUAUACUUAACACGGUGAAAACUGGGGUGGUAAAUGUGCUACAGGUUAGAAAUAGUCUCCAAUAGAUAUAAAUGUUUCAUCUUUAGAUAUAGAAAAUGCUAAAUGUUUGACUUACAAAUUCAAAUAUGAUGGCGAUGCAUAGUAAGUAAAAACAAUAAACAAUCUGCACUCAGUUGAAAUUGAAGGACAUUUUAUGAAGAUGUAAAUAUCUGACAUUUAUGAUAAAACAGCAUAAUAUUAAACAGCUUAAUUCCAUGUACAUGAGCCUUCUGAGCAUACAUUAGAUGGAGUAUACGCUGAUUUAGAAUUACAUUUAGUAAAUAAAAAAGUGGAAGGAGAUAGUUCAAAACCAAUUACUGUAAUAGGCGUCUUAUUUCAAAAAACUCUUUAUAAAGAAGAUGAAUCUUAAUUAUUUAAAGAAUUUUAAUGGCCUGCUUAAGUAGAUUAAAAUCAUCUUAAACCAACAGAAACCAGUGAAUACGAAUUAAAUUUUUAAUAAAUAUUUUCUAGCUUUUUAUAUGAUGGGGCUAUUGCCUACAGAUAUGAAGGUUCUUUGACUACCCCUGGAUGCGAUGAAGUGGUUAAUUGGUAUGUUUUAAGAGAAGCAUAAAAAAUUCAUCAUAGUAGUUAUAAAAAGUUCAAAGACUUGUGGUUCUCAGUUACUGGAGAUAAUGUUUAUAAAACAAUAGAUGGUAAUAAUAGAAAAACUUAGCCUUUAAAUGGAAGAGCAGUUGAAGUUGUUGUUUUUUGUUUCGGAUUUAUUUAAUAUUUUGUUUUUGGAAUUAGUUUAUUUUUAUUUGUAUUCAUUUUAUGA